AUGGCUGGCACAAGUGCAGGAGAUUGGUUAGAGGCUCUAUAUUCUGAAGAAAUUUUCAGAGGACACUAUUUGCAAAAAAAUAGAUUCAGUAUUGUGACAGUCAGUAGUCAGUGGGUGACUGAAGUGCUCGACCUUCCCACGUGGUCUUCCUAUCGUCCUUUGAACAACUAUGAAACAGAUGCUGUUGCAUGGAAUUUUACCUGUGGGACCCACAGAAUUCCGCUCAACGGACCCUUCCCAACCCAGGACCUUGGACGAAAAUUGUGGGCCUUCUUGAGGCUGCAAGAUUCAAAGAAACUCUCUUCAAUUGACUUCUACAUGGAUGAAGAUGGGUUUUCUCUCUCUGGGAAGCCAAAUAUUACCAAGUAUGACUUUGAGGCUGUUGUUCUUCAGCCUGGUGAUGAACUGCAUAUGCUGCCCAAUUCUGCACAUUGGGUGUAUGGCAUAGAUGAUGUGAUUGCACAAGGCGGUCAUUAUUAUUCAUCGUAUCUUAUGCAGGAGACUCUGCAAGGUGUUGUACACGCCUUUGUUCUCAACAAGUUUUUGACAAAUACAGAGCAUAUCCCCUCUCAUCACCUAUUGCGGAGGAUCCUGAUCUUCUAUCAAGUUGGCCUCAUUGAGGGUGGCAUCUCUGAAGACGAUCCUGCAUUGGUUCAUCUACCUAAUGUUGAGACAAUGGAGGAUUUUAGGACUUACAGCACUCCGAAUCAAGGGGAAAAUGAUGAAGCCUCUCCUACCCAAAAAACAUUGAUGGACACCGGUGACAUUAAUGCCAUUCCCAACAAUGAACGGAUUGCAUAUUCCUAUGCUUGUGGCGUUGCUUUACACAUCCUCAAGUGGCUCCGCUCAAGUGGCUCCAUUUUGACCAGUCUAUCAGACUACAAACGCCUUGCUGAAGCAAAGUCUUAUGGCAGAGCUCCCCAUUGCACCUCCCAUUUGCUCAGCAAACAGAUUGCCAACAUUCUUGAGGUAGAUCCGAUUCUGAAGGCUGCUUGGGCAUAUAAAGAACGUGUUCCUUCGCACUCUCUUGCUCUUGAGGAGAAGGAGAAGUACAAUGUUGAAUGGCGGCAUGAUUGGGAACACACAUCAUGGAGAGCUCCAUCUGUUGAUUUUGCUCUCGCAGGGCAGACUCUGUUUGAUACAAAGUUCUUUCAAGCCACUAAGCUGCGGAUUAACUCUGAGAAUGCCAACAUGAUUGUUGACAUGGUCAAACCUCUAUGCAAGAAAGCAAAAGUGGAAUGA